GGGCAUGGCGUGCAGCGUCGGUGACGUCGGCAUCGAGAUGCUCGGAAGCAUAAGUUGCAACAGCGGCUCAGCUCAUCCUGUUGGCGUAACAAUGGCGUCUUUCUAGCGAGGCCUGGCCUGUACUCCCCUCAUUCUGCGCAGGUCAGAGGACAGCAGGGCAACGCGGACAGUGCGAACCAGUGGUGAUCCACACCAAACAGCAGCACCGAACGUUGGGACGCCCAUGUCACGUCCGGCUGCCCGUGCGGCUUCGCAACUCUGUCACUGUUCUGAUCACCGCGAGUCAACGCUCUGCACCGUCGCGUUUCCUCGACCAACGCUGUGCACCGAUGCCUGUGGCGCUCGGUAUCUCACAUCUUUGCUGAUUGCCAGCUCUGCAGGCGUUCAAGGCUUGCUUGUUACACAGCGCUGCACGCACCGUCAUGAUCGCCAAGAUCGCCGCACCGCCGGACGUCGUCUUCUGCCAUGCUGCCAUGCUGCCAGCUGUGCUCGCUCUUCGUUGAUCUUCCCCUCCCCGCCUCCUCGAUGAAUCCACAGUUGCUUCAAGAACUCACAUUACACAGCAGCGA